UAUUGACGACUUAAUUUUUAUAUACAUACAAUUGCGCCAACAUGUCUACCUUCUUCGAUGAAAUGAAAUUGUCCUUUGCCGACGUUAAAGUAACUGACGGUAAGAUCGACACCAAUGAUUUCUUAAUUGCUUCAGAAUCCUUAAUUAAAUUGUUUGACCUUUUGGGUUCUUCUGCCUUUGCUGUAGUUCAAAAUGAUAUGACUGGUAAUGUCACCAAAGUUCGUGCUAAGUUAUUAGCUGAACCAGCCAAGGCUGCCACUUUGCAAGAUUUGAUUUUAUCUGAAGCUGGAACCAAGAACAAAACUGCUACUCAAGGUCUUUUAUGGUUAUCUCGUGGGUUACAAUUUACUGCUCAAGCCAUGAGAGAAACUGUCAACAACCCAACCUCCGAAAUGACCACAACUUUCACUGAUGCCUAUGGUAAAACUUUAUCUCAAUAUCAUGGUAUGUUGGUUAAGCCAAUUUUCAGAUUAGCUAUGAAGGCUUGUCCUUAUAGAAAGGAUUUCUUUGCUAAAUUGGGUGCUGAUCAAGAAAAGGUUGAACAGCAAUUAAAGACUUGGUUAGCUGCUUUAGAAGAAAUUGUCAAGAUUAUUAUGGAUUUCUUCACUUCUGGAAAUUAUGGUAAGGGAUUAUAAGUUUAUUAGACUAAAUAGAUAUUUACAUUGUCAGAUGUACUGUUGCACACACACAUUCUAUAUUUACUCUGUAUGUUCGCCAUCUUCAUCAACUCUUUUCGCUGCUUUCAUUAAUUCAUAAAGUUGUCCAAUUUGGUCAGGGGACAUUUUUUCCAAAUCCUCAUGUUUUAAUUUAUUAUGUAACCAACUACCGUGAUCUAUUUGACGUAAAUAAUCUUGCCAUUGGGUUAAAAAUGCAACAAUAUGUAAAGGAUUAUCUAUCUUCUUAUGUGCUUUGAACUCAUCCUUAACAUAAUGAUCACCCAAUGAACGUAGAUCCUUGGGCAAUUUAUGAACAUGUGCUCGUAAUAUACUACGGUAUAAUACUAAUGGUGGAAGUAAUGGAGAUUCAUUUCUUGUUGGACGGCGUUGUCUAACUAAUCUUACAGCUGUUGAACGCAUUGUUUGCUAGGUAUAUCCUAUUUGGUCAAAAUCAUUCUC